AUGCCUAGCUACGAAAGUCUGGACCGAUUCGCUCCGACAUCCUCGGCUGCACCUUCUCCCGCUGGCCUCGGCCGCUUACCUGUCCUAGGCCAGCUUGAGAGUUCUUCAGGCUGUCAUUCGAGUCCGGCCUUACAUCCGCGUCUCUCGGUUGCGUCUGCUUCACAACACCAGCAACAGAUGCAGCCACAGCUCUGCGGUGGCGCCUCAACCAGCGGUGGGGCUUGCCUACCUACUGGACCUAAUUUAUCCAGAUCCAUACCUACUACUACCACCAUUACUACAGCUAAUUCUACUGUCUACAGAGGAUCAUCUCUCUCCUACACCUCCAUAGUACUUGUAUCACCUCCCGAUGGAGGGGCCAUUAGUGACAGCAAUAGUCGCUCUCCCAGCAACAUAACAGCUUCUUCCAAUCCUCAUCGAGAAGCCCAUUUACCGCGGGGGCACUCUUCUGCCCAAUUCUCUGGUGCCUCUGCUUCUGCCUCCUUUACUUCAGCAUCUUCACCUGGCUCCACGGCCCGCGGAUGUGGUAAUAGUAGCGGAUCUGGGGGCUCUUCUAGGAUUGGAUCCUGCGGUAUUUCUGGGCCUUCGGAACUAUCCACAAUCUAUUCUGGCCACGCAUUAUCUACACACGCCUAUCCAACGAUUCCAGCUACUGGAAACAAUGCUCCUUGCAUUUCGAUGCCAUCUGCCUUAUUUUCUCCUGCUAAUUUUAAUGCUCUUGGAAAAUCAGCUCCUCUCCCACUUCCUCGGGGACCUCUGCCUCAGCAAACCAAUCAUUCCCUUCCUCUCUCUCGGCCACAUUCUCACUUGCAUGCACACUCUUACCCACAUCCUCAUCAUUCUAAACACAAUUACCCAAACACGGAGGAGGACAUUUUGAGUUCUAGCCACACUGGAGCCCCGGCCGCGCCGCUUCCUGCUCGCAAGCAACUUCAACAGGAGGCUCAGCUUCCACCACAGUACUUUCAAACUUCACAGCAGCCACAACAACCUUAUCCUCACACUCUCAACCAACAAACUAAGUUACAGAAACAACAUCCGCAUCAUCAGCACCCAUUCCCUCCUAUGCUGGGGCCCGGUGACCACACUCAAUGUUUUCACCAAUCGCGUGGAGUUACAACUGCUGCUGCUGGUUGUUCCGCUUUUUUGGCAGGAGCAAGUGGGAAUGGAAAUAACAUCACUGGGAUGCCUACAGCAGCAGGAUUGAAGCCACUGCAGCAAACUCUUCAGGCAUCACUAAAUCCUGUUUUCCCUCACUCAACGGCCCUCAAUCAAACUGGUACUUCCGGUCUGCAGUUAGAUUCCACUAACCGAGUAAAUUUUUGCUGA